UUCCCUUAGACGUUUCCUGCCACGGGCAUUGCGCAUGAGAGAGAUAGCCCCAAUUCUGUAGCUGGAUUUUAAUACCCGUGCUAUAGGAGGGGAGACAUCAUCUGAUGCCAGUGUCAGAGCUGGGGGGCAGCACAUGAUACCAAUGCCACAGCCGGGAGCUCUGCACCUGAUGUAAUAUUCUGGCUAGGCAUACUGGAUAUUAAGCCUGUAUUUGAUAUCUGUUCCAUAUACCUCUUUAUGUUCAGCCCUGGACGUUUUCUCCUUGAAGGCUUAAUUAAGAUAAAAAGGAAGCAAACUAUAUAUGUUAAUGUCAUUGCUCAGGUUACUUAUAAUGAUCACAUAUUUCUUAUUCAGCAAAAAAAGAGAAAAAAAGGACAAUAUGUGCUUUAAAAUACAUUCAUGCUCGUGCUCCAUAUAUAAACCAGAAUAGGAAAGUAGACACUUUUCAGCAAGGAGCAAAGUGGCCACAUGUUUGGGAAGCUGAUGGUUUGCUUGCUUUCCAUUUGGAUCCUAUAUUUUUGCUCUGUGUUUGACAGGAGCAUCUGUGAUGUGGAAUUUGAUUGUGAGCAAAUCUGAUCACUUUUUCCUCUGUGUUCUGUGCGUGUGUACGGUCAAGGGUUCCUAUGCCGCGGUGAAAGCACAUAUUUGAGCAUACAAUUUUGCUGCUCCCCAAAUUCCUACUAGUCUCAAAGCAGAGCUACUAACCGCAGGACUGGAAGCUGCAGCCAGUUUUAUCAUAUCGACAUAUAUUCGUGUCCGUUUGUUGUGUGUUUGGGGCUCAUGGAGGAAGGGAGUUGAAGAAUGAUCUGCUUAGAGAGACCUGUCUAAAAUGUUGCUUUUGAGGGAAAACAUUUCACUUUCCCUGGCAUCUGCUCUCCAAUGGCUAAUAGGAUCACCCCCUUUCCCCCAAACAUACCCGUUCUUCCCCCAUUUGCCUUGGAGAGCCCUUGGCCUAGGUUUGCUGUCUCAUCCUGAGCAGUUUCCUAGAAAAGAGGGGGAGAGACUAACAUAGGCAACAUAGGUUAUAAAGCACACACAGGGAACUAGAAGGGAGGGCGCUGCUGCUGCUACAAACAGGAAAGCACAUCAACCUGAGUUUACUGCAAAUGCAUCCUACAAAAGAAUCUUAAUGAGAGGGGAAGGGAAAUUGCUACCCUAGGAGGGCCACAGUCUGCCUUCAGUUACAUCCCCGCUAUGCCAGUGACUGCAAUAUGCCAUUGUUCUCAUUGGAGUUGCACAGUUGAACUGAGGGCAGAAUUUGGUCCCUGGUAAUCAAGGAUGAAAUGCAACUCUUUUAAUAAAUUGUAAAUCCGGAGCAAUUCCAGUGAACACUCUGGGGUUACUCCUGAAUUACACCGAUGUAAACGUAGAAUUUAGUCAAAUGAAAGCCUCGGCGUUCAGACUAAUGAAAGGGACAAAACGACUCGAAUGUGAACGGUCUGCACUGUUUUCUAAAACUCUGGCGGCUGCUGGUUUGUGACACAACGUGCUUUUGAAAAACUUUAAAUAAUAGGUCUUCCCCUCGCACCGAUUCCUUUGCUGAUCCGAUUUAUGGGGAGAUUGUACGAGGGCGAAGUGGGUAGCUAAUGGGAUUUCUCACAGCACCAACAGCAGGUGCAACACGACUAUUGGAGCUGUGCACUGAGGUUCACUCGAGGCUCGGAUUGGCUGCAGCUGCUGCCCCAUCCAAGAUCGUUUCCAGAAAAAUGAUAGGGAAGAACGGGGAUAGACCAGCAUCUCUUUAGCCCUUUCCACUGAAAGCUGAAUGAGCGACAGGAUCAGCCUGUGAGACUGAUUACCCAAGACUUCGGGAGAGGAAGCCGAGAGUCUCUGGAGCGCCAGACUUUAGUCCCGCAGCUAAAGGCUGGGAAAAUGCUAGCAACCUUGGCAGCGCUCUUUCUGUGGCUCCGGGUCAGCACAGGGGUGCAUGGUGCUCCCUGCGAGGCUGUGCGCAUCCCCAUGUGCAAGACCAUGCCCUGGAACAUCACCAGGAUGCCCAAUCACCUGCACCACAGUACCCAGGAGAAUGCCAUCCUGGCCAUCGAGCAGUAUCAGGAGCUGGUGGACAUCAGCUGCAGCCAGGUGCUCAGCUUCUUCCUGUGCGCCAUGUAUGCCCCCAUCUGCACCCUGGAGUUCCUCCACGACCCCAUCAAGCCCUGCAAAUCUGUGUGCCAAAGAGCCCGCGAUGGAUGCGAGCCCAUCAUGAAGAGGUACAACCACAGCUGGCCCGAAAGCCUGGCUUGCGAUGACCUGCCUGUGUACGACCGAGGGGUCUGCAUAUCUCCUGAAGCCAUAGUCACCGAUGUCCCUGAAGAUGUGAAGUGGAUGGAUUUUACUCAAGAUGUAAUGGUCCAAGAAAAACCUCAUGAGUCUAACUGCAAGAAUCUAAACCAUGCUCGAUGCAAGUGCCGGAAGAUAAAGCCUACCCUGACAACGUACCUGACCAAAAACUACAGCUACAUUAUUCAUGCUAAAGUAAAGGGUGUAGAGAGAGGUAGCUGCAAUGAAAUAACUACAGUGGUUGAAGUGAAAGAGAUACUUAAAUCUUCAGUGCCCAUUCCUCGGUCUCAAGUGCCUCUUUUUACUAAUUCAUCCUGCCAGUGUCCACAUCUUCUCCCAAAUCAAGAUGUUCUCAUUAUGUGUUAUGAAUGGCAUUCAAGGUUGAUGCUUCUUGAUGGAUGUUUAGUUGAAAAAUGGAAGGAUCAGCUAGAUAAAAGAUAUAAGAGGUGGGAACAGAGACUGCAAGAACAAAAGGUGCGAACAGCCCAUGAUAAAAAUCAAAACGUUGGACGCACUGGUCGGAGUGGUGCACCAAAACUGAACACUAAGAACACCAGCCCAGCGCUGGGGACACCCAAAAAGACCACUAAAAUAAGAAAUGACCAGAAAGAAGCAACCCCCCAAAAAGUAUGAGUUAUGAAUUUCCCUAAGGGAAGACUUUCUUGCAUGAUGAGGGUCACAAGCUGGCUUGAGUGGCAUGUGUAUUACUCCAGAACUCAUCAACUGCGGUAUUCUGCAUAGACAUUUUUUGUAGCACUUUACUUUUAAAUGUUUGCUUUUUAUUUUAAGCCAUUGCAAACCAUAGAUUGUAGGUUUGCACUGAUGUGUGGCAGGCAUAUUAAAGCUGAUUGAUGGCGCUUAUCAUAUUCAGAGCAGUCGAACGCAUAGUUUACUAAUAAGCAUUGGGAUAUGCAUUAUCCAAUUUUUUUAUGUGUGUGCCAUAAAUAUGCUUUCACUAUUAGUGUUUGAACUGUGUGUGUUUGUGUAGCAAAAACACAUCAAACGGAAACAUUUAAUUUUUUAUUGUACUUCAGGCUGGCUUCUGUUGUUAUAACUUUAAAUAUAUUUAAACAUUUAGAUAAAAAAAUCAAUGUUUUUAAAAGGAACAAAUUAAAGUGAAAGAAAACGACAGAGUGCUUAACAGUAACAUUUACAUGUUUGCCAUUUGCUGAAAUAUGGCUUUGUUAUGAAAAGUGAUUUAAAACAACUGGAAGGAAAAUAUUAUUCUGUUACUGUAAACAUGCCCUUCAGUUACUCUGUAGUGCAGAUGUUAAAAUAUUUAAGAGAGGGACUGGAGUAUCUCAGGAGUAAAGUGGGCAAUUAGCCAUUUUACUACUGGGGACCUGAUUUUAAAUUUUGCUUAGAUCACACAAGCAAAUGAGAUUGCUAUUCCCUGUUCAUAAACUCCUCUACACCACCACACAGUUUGGCACAACUGGAAGGCACUCGUAUUGAACAAGGUCCAGGACAACGUUGAUGCAGCUACUCAUGUGCUCAAGGAUAAGCAUGUGCUUAAAUGCUUUGCUGGGUCAGGGCUUAAAAUUGCAAAGGUGUGAGGUAACUUAAAUAUGAGGUACAUUGGCACAACUCUGUGGUGCAGUUUACACUGCUCCUGACUGCACCUUACCUGGCUCAAGCCAUUGCUACUGUUUUUUGCUGACACCUAUUUAAUGCCAUUGCCUAAUGAACAUUUGGCUGUGAAAGUUUCAAUACCCCUGAGCUUUAAUUAAGCAGUUAGAGCUCACAACAAAUGUCACAGAGAACCGCCAGAAAUCUUGCAGCAAAACCAAAAAAUACUAGACUUAAAACCCCUGAUAUUUUCUAGUUUUUAAGGGGCAAAAUACCAUUCUUAAAAACAAGCAAGCACCCAACUUUCCUGCCUUCUUUACCCAUCUUAAAUAAGAAGAAAAAAAGACACAACCCCAAGUUUUAAAAAAUCCUUUGCACGUCUGCCGAUUUAUUGUGUCAACACAUUAGCAUGCUGAUCUAAGUUACUGUAGGAAUCCUAGGUUUCAGAGUAGCAGCCGUGUUAGUCUGUAUUCGCAAAAAGAAAAGGAGUACUUGUGGCACCUUAGAGACUAACAAAUUUAUUUGAGCAUAAGCUUUCGUGAGCUACAGCUCAAAUAAAUUUGUUAGUCUCUAAGGUGCCACAAGUACUCCUUUUCUUUUUGUAGGAAUCCUAAUGAAGGUUGCAUGUAUUUUAUAUGAGGGCAUAAUUUGUCACCCUGACUCGGUAACAAAAUGUUCUAGCACAAGCAACAAAAGAUGCUCAAAUAAAUCCAAAUAGCACCCAGCAAAAAUACUACUUUCCUUAGCCAUGCUCGUACCUGUGCAGCAUAAUCACCUUGCUCGCUGGCGUGCAAGCUAAUGAAAUUUUCACGUGUGCAAUUUCUAGCUGUGAGCCCCCUAAGUGGCAAUGGAUGUGUGCUUUGUGUACUUACACAACUAGAAGAACAAAGUGACGAAAAGCUCCGGCCAAAAUGUCCAAAUGUGGGCAUCCUAAGCUAGGCACCUCCAGCCAUUGUCUUUGUGCAGAUGCAGAAAUUCAACCUUGCAGAUAUGGGUCUGAGAUCUAUGUUUAGGUACCUAAGUGGCCUAAUUUUCAGAAGUGCUGAGCACCCAUAGUUCCUAUUGAUUACAAUGGGAAUUGGGGAUGAUCACCUUUUCUGAAACUCAGGCCAUAUAAUUAGGUGGCUAAAUAAAAAUUAUGGAUGAAAUCCUGUUUCCAUUGAACUCAAUAGUAAAACUCCCAUUGGCUUCUUGGAGCCAGGAUAUCACUUGAGAUGCCUCAAUUAGACACCCAAGUUUGAAAAUAUUGACCUAAACAACCAUAAGCAAAAAAAUCAGUAUUUUUAAAAAGCUUCUAAAAUAGCAUGCUUUUAGAGCAGGGAUCGGCAACCUUUGGCAUUCGGCCCAUCAGGGUAAGCCCCCUGGCGGGCCAGGUCGGUUUAUUUACUUUCUGCAUCCGCAGGUUUGGCCGAUUGCAGCUCCCACUGGCCACGGUUUGCCGCUCCAGGCCAAUGGGGGCUGCGGGAAGCAGCAGCCAGCACAUCCCCUGGCCCUUCCCACAGCCCCCAUUGGCCUGGGACAGCGAACCGCAGCCAGUGGGAGCCGCGAUCAGCUGAACCUGCAAACACAGCAAGUAAAGAAACUGGCCCGGCCCGCCAGGGGACUUACCCUGGCAGGCCGCAUGCCAAAGAUUGCCAAUUCCUGUUUCAGAGCAUUGUGGAAGUUCUAAUGCUUUGUUUUCAUAUCAAUCUCAAGUUAACCCCUAAAAGAAAGCUGAGGAAUACAUGUAAGUGUAAUUAUUAAAAAAGGAUCAACAUUCCUAACAUUGCACUGUUAAACCAGCAAAUACUGUAGCCGUGAUACUUCACUUUAACAAGCUUUGUUGUGAGCGUACAAUAUUGUGAGCACAAGUGUGUUUGUUGAAUGAAACACCGCUAUUUAGAAAGUAUAGCAGCAUAACAUAUUAUUUUACAUCUGUUAAAAUCACACUUUUAUCAAUAGCUUUUCUGAUAUUAAAGAAAAAGUGUAAAAAUUAUUUGCUACAUGGAAUUUGCGCCAUUCCUUCAUAUAAUGAGAUCAUUCAACAUUCCACUGUAUGGGAAUAAAUGUUGAUGCACCAAUA